UGCAUUUAGGUACUUUUAUGUGUCUCCAUUUUCGACUUCUUCGUCGCCCACUGUAACGCGGAGUCGCAGUCGCAGACUGUUGAGAGCUUACAACAUUUCAAGCCUCAAUUCGAAGCAGUCGUAAUUCCUCUUUCUCCAUCUUCGGGGAAUAAUAAUGGCGAAGGGAAGGGGGAAUCGGCAUCAGGGGAAGAGAUCUUCGACGGUAGUUUUGGUGUUGUCAAUGCUGUUAAUGCUGACAGUGGUACUAUUGAUGCUUCUCGGCCUCGGUAUCCUCUCUCUUCCAAUUGGCGCCAAUGAAAACUCUCUGUCGGUUGGAGAUCGCAUCAGAUUGAAGCGCUUGACAUUGGACCCUGGCAAAAGUAGUGAAGGAUUGGGGGAAAGAGGGGAACAGUGGACGGAAAUUCUUUCGUGGGAGCCUAGGGCUUUCUUGUAUCAUCAUUUUCUGUCUAGGGAGGAAUGCGAGUAUUUGAUAAAUCUUGCCAGGCCUCACAUGGUGAAGUCAACAGUGGUGGAUAGCAAGACUGGCAAGAGUAAGGACAGCAGGGUUCGUACAAGCUCGGGAAUGUUUUUGAGAAGAGGGCGAGAUAAGGUCAUUAGAGAUAUUGAAAAACGAAUAGCAGAUUUCACUUUCAUACCUGUAGAGCAUGGGGAAGGUUUACAGGUUCUGCACUAUGAAGUGGGACAAAAAUAUGAGCCUCACUAUGAUUACUUUCUGGAUACAUACAACACUAAGAAUGGUGGUCAACGAAUAGCUACUGUUCUUAUGUAUUUAUCAGAUGUUGAAGAAGGUGGCGAGACAGUUUUUCCUGCCGCCAAGGGAAACUUCAGUGCCCUGCCAGGGUGGAGUGAGAAAUCAGCGUGUGCUCAGAGAGGCCUUUCUGUGAAACCUAAAAUGGGUGAUGCUCUACUUUUUUGGAGUAUGCACCCUGAUGCUACUUUAGACCCAUCAAGCUUGCACGGAGGUUGCCCUGUUAUCAAAGGGAAUAAGUGGUCGUCCACCAAGUGGCUGCAUGUUGAAGAAUAUAAAGUCUAGGCUGAACUCAAAGGCGUUACAGAUGGAGAGAAUUUCAGCAGUCGGUCCAAACGGGAAUUUAAUUUGUAGGAAAUACAGCAGAGUCUGACAUAUUGCUCAUAUACAUUGAAUGUUUGAUCAUAACUUGUCACUUAACUUGGGAGGACUGAAGAUAGACUUACAGACAUUGUAUGACGAUGAUGUUCCUGUAAAUUGAAGUGAUCUGUGUUGUACCAUUUAUUCAAUUUUCUUCGUGA